AUGGAAAUAGGGAGAAUGGGCCGGGGUGAUGGAAAGCGGGAGAAUGGGGCGGGGUGGUGGAAAGAGGGAGAAUGGGGCGGGGUGAUGAAAAGAGGGAGAAUGGGACGGGUCAUCACCCCGCCCCAUUCUCUCUCUUUCCAUCACCCCGCCCCAGUCUCCCUCUUUCCAUCACCCCGUCCCAUUCUCCCUCUUUCCAUCACCCCGCCCCAUUCUCCCUCUUUCCAUCAUCCCGCCCCAUCCUCCCUAUUUCCAUCACCCCGCCCCAUUCUUCCGCUUUCCAUCACCCCGCCCCAUUCUCCAGCUUACCAUCACCCCGCCCCAUUCUCCAGCUUUCCAUCACCCCGCCCCAUUCUCCCGCUUCCAAUCACCCCGCCCCAUUCUCCCGCUUUCCACCACCCUGCCCCAUUCUCCCGCUUUCCAUCACCCUGCCCCAUUCUCCCGCUUUCCAUCACCCCGCCCCAUUCCUCGCUUUCCAUCACCCCACCCCAUUCUCCCGCUUUCCAUCACCCCACCCCAUUCUCCCGCUUUCCAUCACCCCGCCCCAUUCACAAGCUUUCCAUCACCCCGCCCCAUUCUCCCGCUUUCCAUCACCCCGCCCCAUUCUCCCGCUUUCCAUCACCCCGCCCCAUUCUCCCGCUUUCCAUCACCCCGCCCCGUUCUCCCGCUUUCCAUCACCCCGCCCCAUUCUCCCGCUUUCCAUCACCCUGCCCCAUUCUCCCGCUUUCCAUCACCCCGCCCCAUUCUCCCGCUUUCCAUCACCCCGCCCCAUUCUCAAGCUUUCCAUCACCCUGCCCCAUUCUCCUGCUUUCCAUCACCCCGCCCCAUUCUCCCGCUUUUCAUCACCCCGCCCCAUUCUCCCGCUUUCCAUCACCCCGCCCCAUUCUCCUGCUUUCCAUCACCCCGCCCUAUUCUCCCGCUUUCCAUCACCCCGCCCCAUUCUCCCGCUUUCCAUCACCCCGUCCCAUUCUCCCUCUUUUCAUCACCCCGCCCCAUUCUCCCUCUUUCCACCACCCCGCCCCAUUCUCCCGCUUUCCAUCACCCCGGCCCAUUCUCCCUAUUUCCAUCACCCCGCUCGAUUCUCCCACUUUCCAUCACCCCGCCCCAUUCUCCCGCUUUCCGUCACCCCGCCCCAUUCUCCCGCUUUCCAUCACCCCGCCCCAUUCUCUCUCUUUCCAUCACCCCGCCCCAUUCUCCCUCUUUCCAUCACCCCGCCCCAUUCUCCCUCUUUCCAUCACCCCGCCCCAUCCUCCCUAUUUCCAUCAUCCCGCCCCAUUCUUCUGCUUUCCAUCACCCCGCACCAUUCUCCAGCUUUCCAUCACCCCGCUCCAUUCUCCUGCUUUCCAUCACCCCGCCCCAUUCUCCAGCUUUCCAUCACCCCGCCCCAUUCUCCCGCUUUCCAUCACCCCGCCCCAUUCUCCCGCUUUCCAUCACCCCGCCCCAUUCUUCCGCUUUCCAUCACCCCGCCACAUUCUCCCGCUUUCCAUCACCCCGCCCCAUUCUCCCGCUUUCCAUCACCCGGCCCCAUUCUCCCGCUUUCCAUCACCCCGCCCCAUUCUUCCGCUUUCCAUCACCCCGCCCCAUUCACCCCGCCCCAUUCUCCCUCUUUCCAUCAACCCGCCCCAUUCUCCCGCUUUUCAUCACCCUGCCCCAUUCUCCCUCUUUCCAUCACCCCGCCCCAUUCUCCCUCUUUCCAUCAGCCCGCCCCAUUCUCCCGCUUUUCUUCACCCCUGUUAG